UUAUCAUUUUGCAGUUCAGCAGCUAACAUAUAUUACAAAGAAACCCUAUUGUCAAAUAAAAAAAUACAAAAACACAAUGCAGUUAAAUAAGCAAAUUUGGCAAUUACUUGCGUGUAUUUUUGCUUUGAAAUUGAUUUGCGCCUAUCCCCACACAAGUUCUGAGCAGCAUAAUCGAAGACUGAGUGCAGAGACUGCACUGAAUAUAGAGUAUCCAUUGUCGGAACAGCACCAGUUUGAGAAUCUGUAUAGACUUGAGCGCACAUUGGGCAGAUUGCGACGUGCUGUGGAGCAGUUGGAGUAUGACGAGCCAGCUGAUGAUUUGGAGUUAGCGGAAGUUCAUUUGUUUCGGCCACUCUUUCGCUAUCGCGCUGAAGUUUCCAGACAGGUGAAGAAUCAACAGCGACGUCAGUUUUAGUUUACUUUAGUUUAGUUUACUUAACUCAUCAGUUUCUACUUCACUUCACUUUUCAUACCAAAAAACUUAGCCAAUAAGGUUUUCAAUUGAAAUAAUUUAUAUUUAAAACAGAAUGUAAACGCCAUUUGAUUUGAUUAUUCAACAUUUAAAUACGUAGUUUAUUAAUGUUUUUUAUACAUAUUUCAUGCUAGAACUGUAGUUUUUUUUUUUUUGAAAAUAUCCACACGUGAUUAAGCUUAUAUACACACACAUACAUACAUAGAUUCAAUUCUAAAUGGGUAGAUUUUAAUAUACAUACAUAUUAUUGUUUGUGCUCUUAUCCACAUUGUGCUUAUCGCUGUGGAUGGCACUCAAAUUCCUUACAUUGCAAUGGAUUUCAAUUUUGAAUUAUAUAGUAUAUACAAAAAACGGAAGACACAAAGAAUUUAAACACAAACUCUCUCAAUCAAAUUGUAAGGAAACUAUUUUUAAAGAAUACGAUGUAAGCUAUAUUUCUGACAAUUCAUAAAUAUAGUUAAGUCUCUAACUAACAUGAUUUAUUAUAUCUUAAGUCGCAAGUCCCGUAUGAAAUCUCUCACGGUUUUUUUUUGUUCAGAGUUUACACUUUUUUUUGAGCUAUACAUAUAAAUCUUAUAAAAAAAACUCUUUAA